CCAACCUUCUCCUCUCUCUUCCUUCUCUGCAGAAAAACAUCACCGCUGUAAACUCCUCUGAAAGUUGGAAAGCGACUAACUACAACUCUUAUUUAUCUCCUUACCCUCUCUCUCUCUCUCUCUCUCUCUGAUAUAUAUAUACACACACACACACACACACAAAAGUCACCAUAAACCCCUCAGAAAAGCAAACCGCAUAGAUAAGGGAAAAUGCCUGCAAAUCCUCCCAAAUCAUCUCUCUUACUCCACAGAAUCAACGGCAUCCCCAGUACAACCACAACGACAGCCACUAAUAAUAUCGCCACCACAAACUCCGAUAUGAUAUAUCAAAGAGAUUUCCAGAAGAGACUCCCGCUCAUCUGCGCCGCCCAGGUGCCGGAUGCCGUCGCCCGUCACCACACCCACGCCGUCGGUCCUAACCAGUGCUGCUCCGCUGUUGUCCAGCAGAUCUCCGCCCCCGUCUCCACUGUCUGGUCCGUGGUGCGCCGGUUUGAUAAUCCCCAGGCAUACAAGCACUUUGUCAAGAGUUGUCACGUCAUCGUAGGUGACGGCGACGUGGGUACACUCCGUGAAGUUCGAGUCAUCUCUGGUCUGCCGGCCGCAUGCAGCAUGGAGCGGCUUGAGAUCCUGGACGACGAGAGACACGUCAUCAGCUUCAGCAUGGUGGGAGGAGAUCAUCGGCUGGCCAACUAUAGAUCGGUGACAACUCUCCACCCGUCACCGGCGGGGAACGGGACGGUGGUAGUGGAGUCAUACGUGGUGGAUAUCCCUCAUGGCAACACCAAGGACGACACGUGCGUGUUCGUAGGUACAAUUGUUCGGUGCAACCUGCAGUCGCUGGCUCAGAUCGCCGAGAAUUCGGCCAGACGCAACGCCUGAAUAGCUUUAGUGGUCCCGAAGGCAGUUUCUCUCUUCCCCAAGUUCAAUGUCGUUGGUGAUACGCCGUCGUUUUUUUUGUGAGUAUGACGAUGUGGGUUGCCAAAAUGGAAUAUAUCUUUUCCCCGGAUCAUGUUCUAUAAAUCUAUCGUUCUGGUUUUUACUUUUCCCUUCUUUUCUCUCCAAAUCUUCUAUGUGAAAUAUCAAUAACGACAUGGCAAUAUUAUUACAGAAAAUCAUCUUAGCUUCCACCAUUUUGUGUUGUAUUUGCUCCAGAUGAUUUGGUUUUAAAUUAUGUAAAAUUUUAUGUAAUUAUUCCCUAUUAUAUUUCUUUUUUCUUUUUUUCUUAAGAAAAAAAGAUGUUUUGACAAUGGGGGAUGAUGUGGUACGGUCCCUGAUGCCGGUCAGAGAAUCCAAAAAGUUGCUGGUUGCUUCGAUUUCA